UCCUAUAAAACUGAAGUAACAAAGGAUCAAAGGGGAAGCAAAUAUUAGAAACUGAGAGAAUGUAUAAUUUAGGUAUGAUAUUUGUUUGGUUACCGCUCACACUUUUAUCUCAAAUUACUAUCUAUAUCGUACAAUCCGCACCCGCACUCAUGCCCGCACCAGCACGGGCACCAGUACUACCGGCAUAUGAAAUUGUGAAGCCUGGUUGUAUUCCCACCUGCGGUGGCCUUGUGGUUCCCUACCCGUUCGGCACAUCAAAAGGCUGCUAUCUUGAAAAUAAGGCUAGCUCUUUUUUUAUCAACUGCAGUGACCACACCCCUCGCCUCGGAAAAAGUUCUAUACCUGUACUUAACAUAACGCUCGAUGAUCAUCAUAUUCACAUUUUAAUUCCUGCAGCUCGCAUCUGUUACAACGAUAUAACAGCAAAAUUCAGAGAAUAUUCGGUUGCUCUUAGAUUAUCUAAAUUUCAAGUCAACAGCACCCUCAAUAAGUUCACUGUCAUUGGAUGCUCAACUUUAGCACUCAUCACAGGUAAACGGGCUCAAAACUACACGACUGGAUGUGCCUCAGUAUGUGACCGUGUCGAAAGCGUGGUAGACGGAUCAUGCUCCGGGAUUGGGUGUUGCCAGACUUCACUGCCAAUAGGUGCCAGGGACUUUGAAGUGACAUUUCAGGUUUACAAUAACUCAAUUUUAGCAGACAUCCCAUGUAGCUCAGCUUUUGUUGCGGAACAAGGCUUUUACAACUUCUCUUCUUCGGACUUGAUCACAUUUGAGAAGAGGUCAUUUCCUGUUAUGCUUGAUUGGGCUGUCGGAAAUCAAACUUGUGCUAUAGCAAAGAAGAAUAAAGCAAGUUAUGCAUGUGUGGCACCGGAUAGCACCUGCAUUGAUUCAGAGUAUGGCAAGGGCACUGGCUACCGGUGCUAUUGUCCAUCGGGCUACCACGGAAAUCCUUACUUGAUUAAUGGUUGCAUAGAUAUUGACGAAUGUGCAACUUCAAAUCCCUGUCAGCCUCCUGCAACAUGUCACAACGAAUCGCCUGGAAGCUUCCAAUGUCAAUGUCCACAUGGUCAUAAGCUUACAGCUGAUGGAAAAGGUUGCGAAAAAAAGAGUCGUGAUGCUGGAUCUGGCAUCGCAAUAGCUGUGAGCACGGCCCUGUUGUGGGGAGUGCUUGGAUAUAUUGGUUUCUGGCAAAAAGAAAGCACAUCAAACAGAAAGAGAGGUUUUUUGCGCGAAAUGGUGGUUUUUUACUUAGAGAAGAGCUGUCUAAAGACAAUGACUUGGCCAAAACAACCAGGCUCUUUAGUGAAGAAGAUCUCAAAAAAGCCACAAAUAACUAUGAUGAAAUUGGAAUCAUUGGUCAGGGGGGUUUUGGAACAGUUUUUAAAGGAGUGCUAUAUCCUAAUAAUACAGAAGUUGCCAUCAAGAAGUCCAAAAUAAGUGAGUAGAUCCAGACUUCACAAUUCAUCAACGAGGUGAUCAUUCUUUCCAGGAUCAACCACAUCAACGUAGUAAAACUAAUAGGUUGUUGUUUGGAGACAGAAGUCCCUUCUCUGGUUUACGAGUUUAUCGAAAAUGGAACCCUCUCUGACCAUAUCCAUGGUAAAGAUACUAGCACCUAUUUUUCAUGGGAAUUAUGCCUACAAAUAGCUGCAGAAAUUGCAGGAGCAAUUGCUUACUUGCAUUCUGCUGCUUCUCCGCCAAUCAUUCAUCGAGAUAUCAAAAGCAACAACAUACUGCUUGAUGAAAAUUUAACUGCAAAAGUGGCAGAUUUUGGGGCCUCAAAACUAGUGCCUCGAGAUCACGCUGAAAUAGCCACUUUAGUGCAAGGGACAUUCGGAUAUAUGGAUCCAGAGUACUUCCAUUCAAGUGAAUUGACAGAGAAGAGCGAUGUUUAUAGUUUUGGAGUGGUUUUAGCGGAGCUUCUUACAGGAGAGCCUGCAAUAUCCUUCGACAGGCCAGAAAAAAAUAGAAGUCUAUCAAUGUACUUCAUAUCUUCGAUGAGGACUGGCAAUGGAAUGCCUAGCAUCAUUCAAAAAAGUCUAGUUAAUGAUGAGAAGAACAUUCAGCAGAUUAAACAAGUAUCUAUGCUGGCAGCAAGGUGUUUACAAAUGACAGGAGACAAAAGGCCAAGUAUGAAGGAAGUAGCCACGGAGCUAGAGGGUUUGAAAGCAAUGGUCGAGCAUCCAUGGUUAGAUAAAGACUCGACAACUGAUCAUACUGAGACCGAGUACCUGCUCAACCAGAGCGUGCUUUCAGACGCUAUUGGAAGCACCAGUUUUGAUCAUAAUUCAAUGGUUGGAUUCGACAACACUAGUAUUCAAAUGACAGGUAAAUUACAAUACAGGUGAUAAAGCAUUGCGUGCUUAUGAAUCCAGACCAUUGUGUGCUCCCUGAUUACGAGUAUACUUUCCAUAUUAAGAAAAUUCAUUGUAUGUUGUUUCUCUCUCUCUUUCGAUUGUCAAUUGUAAUCCGAUACCACUGUCUAGCAACGUUUUCCAAAUUAUAAUGUAAAGUGAAGUAUUGUCUUUUCAUCUUUA